AUGUCGUUUGCCCCUCCUCCCGGCCCACCUCCUCCGCCGGUCCCUCCCGGCUGGAAGGCGCAAUUUGAUGAUCGCUACAAACAAUGGUUCUUUGUAAACCUCAAGACGGGUGUCUCACAAUGGGAACCUCCGGAUGCGCCAGCUACCGAUUCUGCUGCCCCGCCUAGCGAACCUCCGCCAUCGUACGAUCAGUCUGGUCCAGCAAACCCUGAUGCAGUAGCUGCUGCGGGCGACAAGAAGUCGAAUCUGGGCUCGAACAAUCCGUACAAGCAGCCGUCCGAGAGUGCGACGGGCAGCGGCGGCCCUAGUCACAGUAUCGAGGACGAUGCACGGCUGGCGGCACAAUUACAAGCAGAGGAAGACGCUCGUGCUGCUGCUCAGAGAAAAAGCCCUGCCCCUGGAGGCGCAAGUGCCGAAUAUUACAACCAAGCGCCUCCGCCAUCAUCGACGCAGCCUGGUGGAUAUCCCCCGCAUCCUCCGCCGUCGGAUGACCAGCAGCAGCAGCGGUCAAGUGGCAGCAAGGGCUUCCUAGGGAAGCUGCUCGGCAAAUCCUCGUGGAAUAAGCACAGCGGACACCCUCCUCCCCAGCAAAGCAACUAUCCGCCUCCUCAUCCAGGAUAUGGAUACCCUCCUCCGCAAAACAAUUACCCUCCCCCA